CGGCUGCGGUGAUGGUAAUGCUCACCACUACCACUACUACUCCCACCACCACCACCACCUCUCAGCAUUGACUGCAUACCGAGCAAACAGCCGUCGGAUUGGUCAGGAUUCCUGCUUCAGGACCAACAAUAGAGUACAUUGGCUGUUUGUCUGCUUUGCAUAUCUUCAUGGGUCCUUGAGCGAUCACCGCUUCGAAAAUGUCACAAUCACUGCGACCAUACCUCCAAUGUGUUCGAUCAUCCUUGACCGCCGCCCUUGCCCUUUCCAACUUUGCCUCACAGGCGUCAGAGAGACACAAUGUUCCAGAAAUCGAAGCGGGCACUUCUCCAGAACUACUCCUCAAUCCGCUGACCGUGGCCCGGAAUGAGAACGAGAAGGUCUAUAUCGAACCGAGUGUCAACAGUGUGCGGGUCAGCAUAAGGAUAAAGCAGGCCGAUGAAAUUGAAAACAUCUUGGUCCACAAGUUCACCCGCUUCCUGACACAGAGAGCCGAAUCAUUCUUCAUCCUACGAAGGAAACCUGUCAAAGGCUACGAUAUCUCGUUCUUGAUUACCAACACCCAUACUGAGGAAAUGCUGAAGCACAAGCUGGUGGAUUUCAUCAUUCAAUUCAUGGAGGAAGUCGAUAAGGAAAUCUCGGAAAUGAAGCUAUUUUUGAAUGCUAGAGCUAGAUUUGUGGCCGAGUCAUUCCUGACUCCUUUCGACUAGACUAGCCUAGCUCGUUAGGCCAAAAUGAUGUGUUUCAUGACCUACAUUCCUCCAUGAAGCCCUUUUAUCAACCAUGGAUGUGAUUCCCCUUGCUGUGAUGGGCAGUUAGAUUGUGACUAUUGCUGUACUCCCACAUGUGAGCCCCUGAAGUCAUGUGAUCUGAUAUUGACUUGGAUGUUCUCCUGAGGAGCCAGUGUGUGAUAUUUCUGAUGAUACUGAGAUGAUACUGAGAUGUACUAAACAGCCCCAAUAUUGGACGGCCUCUUGUUCAUUGACGGGACCACAUUCACAGGAAUUGACCAAUCUCUCGAACGGGGCGCCUUUACAACCAGACCCGCUUCCAUUGACGAGGCUCUGGUGUCAUACAUUUCGAUUCUAUUCAUGAUAGUAUUAUCCUUCAGC